CAGUUUAUGAGGUAACCAUCUCAAAUCUUUUUGCUACUACUACUCUUCUUCGUUGCUCGCUUUACCGGAGCUUUCCAACCGUGGAUCGGAAAAGGCAGCUAAUAUCAAGCAACGAAACUAGUUCGUUGGUCUACCGUCCUCGGCCCUUUAAACGCCACCCCGAAAACGGUCUUUGGUUCUCGGCUUAGGCUAGACUUUGAAUAGCAACUUACUCGCAACUACAAUAAGUCCAGGCCAACGAGUCGACGCUCAAGCUCAACGAGAUCAUCGCGACUAAAAGUCGUUGGCCACUUGACAAGCUGCCGAGAUCCGAAACUAUAUACACCCAUCGUCGCCCCAACCCUUGGCCACGGGAUAUAUCGAGUAUUCUGAUACCAAACACCCAGCGCUACCCAAGAAGAUGGAUCGCAUGGGCUUUCAGAUGCCUCCGAUGGGGGCGCCACCGAUUAUGAACCCCCCACCACAGAUAUUCGGCGGCUACGAUGGGAUGCCGAUGCAGCUUCCGCCCGACAUGACGGCGCAUAUGUUUGGCGACCAUAGUACCCUAUUAGAUGAUGCCAAUGAGGCCAAGAGGAGGAGGAUCGCGAGGGCUUGUGACAUGUGCAGAAAGAAGAAGAUCAAGUGCGAUGGAAAACUCCCAGCAUGCACACACUGCAUUAACUAUAAGACGGAUUGUGUUUUUACACAAGUAGAGAAGAAGAGGAGUCCGCCCAAGGGUGCCAAGUAUAUUGAGGGCCUCGAGAAUCGACUGGGGCGGAUGGAGAGCUUAUUGAGGCUCUCUGGUUUACUUGGAGAAGACGAUGGCGCCACAGAUCUCGGCACCCUGGAGAAGAGACUGGCGGAGAAGAACCGGGAAUCGAGACAGGCCUCAAUGGCAGCCACUUCGAGCCCGACAUCUCCUUCGCAAACGGCAUCGGGGCAGGAUGCAUCCACGCCCCAGAGCGCUCUGGCAUCACCAGAGCCCAGGACGGACAAAGAAAAGGAUGAGCGAGGAUCGUCUCUUACACCGGCCAAGAAGGAAGGAGAAGAACAAGAAGUAGAGACACUAUCAGAAAUGAUGUGCUCAUUAGUGACGAAUAACUCGGGCGAGACCAGAUACAUUGGAUCCUCGUCUGGAUUCUCCAUCUUCUCGCCCCGUGGAAUUCAAUGGGUAAACGAGACGACAGGUGACAACUCUUUCCAGCAGAUGAUCUCGGAUGUCUCUAUCGACGACCACAAAUGGACCAACUGGAAGCCCGAGGUUUUUCAAGACUUGUUCCGGCGGCCAGUAUUUAUCCCUAUCCCUCCCAAGCCUGAGGCUAUGUCGCUUCUCAAGGAUUAUUUUGAGAACUUCAACUGCAUGUUCCCCCUCUUUCACCAGCCGACUUUCAUGCACUUGGUGGAGAGACAGUACUCGAAUGAUCCUUACGAGGGUUCUGGAUGGUGGGCCAGCUUCAACUGCGCUUUGGCCUUUGCCCACAGACUGCGAGUGAUGAGCAACCUGGUGCCGCAGGAGGAGGACGACAAGGCAUGGAAGUACAUCAAGAAUGCCAUGGGCGUUUUUUCUGAGCUCACGAUGCGAAACACUGAUCUUUUGAGCGUUCAGGCGCUCUUGGCUAUGGCCCUGUUCAUGCAGGGCACGCCAAACCCGCAGCCGACAUUCCUGCUUAUUGCUACGGCUAUCCGCCUGUCGCACAGCAUCGGACUUCACAAGCGCGCGACGGGUUUUAACCUUAAUCCAAUUGAGCUUGAGCAGCGAAAGCGCGUUUUUUGGAUAGCGUACAUGCUAGACAAGGAUCUUUGCUUGAGAUCCGGGCGGCCGCCAGCUCAGGAUGACAACGACAUGAAUGUCGAGCUGCCAGACGCCGAUCCGGAGGACAAUAUUGGCAAUAUUCCCUUGGCCGAUGGUAAAGGCAAAAUGAACCUUUUCCGAGUAAUGUGCGAACUUGCGGUCAUCGAGAGCCGCGUGUACAACCGUUUGUACGCGACAAAGGCAACCAAGCAAACUGACGGCGAGCUUCUCAACACCAUUGGCGAGCUGGAUCAGGAGCUUGAAGAUUGGAAGGAUAGGAUACCGAUCGACUUCAGGCCUGAGCACGAGAUCAAGGCGUCGCACACACCGCUGAUGCUUCACGUUAUAAUUUUGCAUUUCACAUACUACAAUGCUUUGACAACCAUCCACCGCAUGUCGGUUCAUCACGGCUACUGGAAUAGCAGGUUAUCAAACUACGCGAUUCAAGGGCUAAAUGCGAAGCCGCUCAACCCCAGGAUCUUCUCCUCGGCGGCUUUGUGUUCUGCUGCGGCAAGGGCUUCGAUAUCCUUACUCAAGUACAUUCCGCAAGGUGAUUUGUCGGUUAUAUGGCUCAUCCUUUACUUCCCUGUAUCGGCACACGUCACUUUAUUCGGCAACAUCAUUCAAAACCCCCUGGAUCAACGCGCACGCUCUGACGCUCGUCUGAUGAGUGUUGUCGUUCAAUUCCUAUCUACCCUUGGCUCAGAGGCGGAAACAGGUGGUGUGCACCGCAUGUUGGCUGUGUGUAACGAAUUUGAGCGUAUCGCCAAACUGGUCAUCGACAAGGCGGAGAAGGACAACGCCGGGCGCCGCAAGCGAAAGAAUAACGAAGUCGCCGCUAGUAACAACAAGCCAAGCAGCGGUAACAGGGAUCAGCAGUCGACACCACGCCCGCAGAGCAGCUCUGCCCACACACCUAGGGCACAGCAACUCGUAUAUACACCCAACGGCAGCCAGAUGUCGCCCGGACCAACGCCAAGCAACCAGAGCACGCCAUACCACGGCGGUCGGAUGAGCAAUCAGUCCAGUCCGGCCAUGACCCCGAACAAUUGGCCACCGCAGGGCGAUUACGUACCCGGCAGUUCUGGCAUGGAAGGCAUGGAAUAUGGCGGGAACGUCAACUUCGCCGAGAUGACUGGCUUUACGGCGGACAUCAGGCAGGGUGUUCCGCCAGCGUCGGCUUACUUCACCCAGCCCCACCUGCCGCCUGACCUGUACUCGCUGCCGGUCAGUCUGGACUGGGAUUGGGCCGAGAUGAGCGGUGGCGCUUAUCCCAGUGUCGAAAACGGUGCCGUUGGGGCUAUGGGGCUCGGACAAGGAGCACCGCCGCCUGGACUGCAACAUUGAGCAAGCAAUAUGGCUUUAUGAUGUACAGAAAAGGUCUUUUAUGAGUGGUAAUGUGUUUAUUCCGUCUUUGACUUCACCAUUUGUCUUUUAUUUCUACUUGAUUUUCUUGUUUCACGAUAGGUUAUAUCCCAAGAUAGGUUGGCAUUAAAUGAGGUGUUUCCUUUUUUUGCAUUCCAUACAGAGUGUGUUAUCACUUGCUGGCCUUGCAACUGUUGCAUAUACGGCUUCGCUUUAUUAUGUUACUGAUCGGAGUUGAUUGUUUACUGCAUCUGCAUUAUCUGGUGUAUAAAAACACAUCACACAUGCUCCGUCCUCCCUACAUUCCGUUUUUACGGCCCAGUCUGUACCAGAUUUAUUCCCUGGGACCUUUUGUCAUUGGACACAUUUAUCUUGUACACUUCCACCAGGUGAAUACAUGAUCUUUUUCUCUUUCUUUUUUUUUUUUACUUCGCAGAACAUCUUCUGAUACCAAAGUACCGGUAUUAUUUACCAUGGAUAUAUAGUUCCCACGAUCAUCAAUCAUGUUUAUA